ACAAGCAACUUCGUGUCACGACUCACAGAGAACGACUUAAUAUGUUUCUGUUUAAUCUCCUCAUAUUCAUUUUGACUCUUGAUGUGUUUACUGUUGAUUCGGAUGCCGCAAAAUGUGAGAAAGGUCAGAGAUUGAAGGAAACCUCCAACGGCAAAAUAACAUGUGAGUCGUGUAAGGAAGGAACUUUUCGGGCAACACCAAAGGAUUCUAAAACUUGUGAAUUAUGCACACCGUGUGAUGAAGAAACAGGAAGCUUUAUCAAAGAGACGUGCACCAAGGUGAAAAAUACUGUAUGUGGAUGUCGCGAUGGUUUUGUUCCAUUUUCAAAGGAUUCGGGCGUCUGUAAAUGUGAUAUAGGCUCUGGACUGGAAAAUGGGGUUUGUUCAAAGUGCAAGGAAGGCUAUUUCAGCAAAGAGAUUGACACGCCAUGUCAAAAAUGGAAAGACUGUAAGUCUGCAGGGAUUAAACAGGCUGGAAGCUCAACCUCUGACGUCGUGUGUAAUGAGAUGAUAAAUAAUAGUCAAACCACUGCAGCCCCCACAGCAAUCACAAAGGUUUUCCCCUCACUUUCAUCAACACGUCGUCCACGUGAGGGGGCUCCAACACAGACACUCUCGAGUACCACCACAACUACUGUUCAGCUCCCCACUGUGAGAAACACAAUGCAGCCUACAAGCAUUCACAUAGGUACGGCCAUUCUCAUUUUGGGAAUUGCUGGACUGCUUGUGAUGACAGCAAUGACCUGCAAGCUGCAUAUUACCCCCUUCUGCCAGUCAAAACCAGCAGUACAGACCAAGGACUCUUUGUGUCGGAGGCCAGUUGAGGAAAGCGGUGAUGGCAGUGAGUCUUCUUUGAAACUUAACCCAGAGCCGUGAGAUGAAGUUUUCCUUUGACAAAAAUCCUCAUCUGAUACAUCAGAGAGACAUCACUGGAAACGUUUAAUUUACUGCAGACCCCUCAGAUCCUCCUUUUAUUGUUUGUUGUGCGUUACAUAAAACACACACACCACUGUAACAGGUGUGUUUUUAAUCUAUACUGUGGUCAAAAUUUGACUGAUUGUUCUGUUGUAAUACAGUGUAGGAUUAUUGAAUUAUACCUCUCUUUUUAAAACUGUGAAACCAUUCAAGAUAGAAAUUUGUCAUCUUGAUGUUAUACUUCUUAGGAGGAGUUAUUAUGGCUGACAUGGUGAAUAUGUUUUUUUUUCUCAUAAGUAUACAUUUGCCAAUACUACCUGGUGAAUUGUCUAUUAUAUGCAUUUAUAUGCAGGUUUUAUAGACCUUCUGCUGACAUUAUACAUGCUCUAACAGGGCUGGGACAACUCUGAGAAAUACGCACUUUGAACAAUAAUGUGGGUAGAAAAUAUAAAACGUGCCCCAUACAAAAAAAAACCAUAGAACAAAAUUUCUCUUUUCAUUUACGUUGUUUUUAAGUUUCUUUGUUUUGUUAUUCAGUGUUUCCUUGAUCUGUUCCAACAGUCGCAUGUCUCUUUUGCACAAGAUAAAAAAAAAACAAAUCUGUUUUCAGAAACAUGUGGGGUGAGGGGAAGUACCACAUGGAGCAAAAUGUGCUUCUUUUUCCCCCCACCAAGAGUUGCCUCCUCUGUUUUCUUGUUCUGGUGUUUGGAAAGACUGAUAUUGUAAAUGCGAAAACUUUCAUGUUGUUUGUGCCUUGCUGGAAAUAUUUUUUCAGAUUAGUGCAGUCAGAGGAGUAUGAAACUUUGCCCUAAAUACCUUUCACCAUUUACCAGAUGAGCACUACGUUGCUUCAUGCCUGGUUGAGGCUCAGUUAGUUGUAAAAUCAACCUGAAAGGAAACUGCAGAUACGUUGAUUCAUUCUAAGAAUUGAAGGUUCCUUUCAAGAAGGUGGUUUUGGUUUAGGUAGGAAAAACAUUUAAAAAUACAAUUUCUGGAUUCAUUUUGUACUUUGUUUAUUUUAUUUUACAUUAAAAUGAGCAUGUCACAUAUGCGGUAUGUAAAGUAACGUGUCCUCUAUUCAAAAUUUUCUGAAAAUUGAUUAUUUAUUGAAAUAAUAAUAAUGAUACUGAUGUAAAGUUACGAACAUUUUACUUCUGCAGAUUUUGGAAACAUGUCUGAGCAGCGGUGUUUUUAUACUGAUGACAUCUCUCUUUCUAGACAAGUGGGAGACACCACAAUGGAAAAAAACAAAACAAAACAAAAACUUUUUUCUGUUGAAUCCUAAAAAGCUUUCUUGCUCAUGUUCAAAUUAGUUCAACAGAGGUGGGCGCCCUCAUGUGGUAUGAGGGCGCCCACAGAAACAAAACAGAAAGAAAACAUCGGUUUUGUAUUUUUGUAUUUUGUUUUUAAAAGUCUGAGAUGCUUUUCACUAGCUCUAGCUUAAAAUCUAGAGCUGGAUAAUAAAAUAAAAAAUCAUCUUGUUUGUGAAAUUAUAUAAAAGAAGGGAAUUUUUCUGGAAUGAAAUCUUCCCAGAUCAAUACUUUAAGUUUUCAAGAAAAGUUCUAUUUUUAAAUUUUAAAUUUGAUUAUUUACCAUUGUUGGAUUGAUUUGCACAAGGUGUGACUUACUAUUUAGGCAAGAACCACCAGGCCUUCUAAAUGUGAAGGUCUGCUGCAGUCAGAAUGACAGAUGAAAGAGUACCUCCCCAAAACUGCCUGCAAAUGUCACUGAUCCAGGAAGUUGCUCUGCAGUUUCAGAGAAAUUAAGCAUACUUUUCACAGAACAAACCUGUUCGGGGACUUUUGAGUUGUAGCCUGACUUACUAGCACCUGAAGAUAAACCUCAUCAAUUAUUUUUUGUCUAUAUAUAUUUCUGGUUGUUUUAUUUUUGUUUUGUUUUUUUACCCAUGUCAUAUGUUUUUUCUUAAUGUGUGUGUACAACAAACUUGUGCUUAUAUUCUGUAUAUUAUUUGAGUAAAAAAUUAUUGAUCUCU